CUGUAAAGCGCUCUUGGCUGCGCUGGAGUUCGGGUCUUACCUGCGGUUAACGGUCCAGUUCUCUCUACUGCAACGUCAGUCCCUCUGUGACUGCACCGGCCGCCAGAUCCGGGGACCCCAGACGCCGGGAAAUGGACUCAGUGGCCUUUGAGGAUGUGGCUGUGACCUUCACCCUGGAGGAGUGGGCUCUGCUGGAUCCUUCACAGAAGAAACUCUACAGAGAUGUGAUGCGAGAAACCUUCGGGAACCUGGCCUCAGUAGGGGGAAAAUGGGAAGAACAGUACAAAAACCAGUGGAGAAAACAAAGAAGUCUUAUGGCAGAAAGACCCUGUAAAGGGGAAAAGGAUAGUCAAUGUGGAGAAAACUUCAGCCUUAUUCCAAAUCUCAAUCUGAAGAAGAACACUCUUCUAAAACCAUGGGAAUACAGUGUGUGUGGAAAAGCCUUUAGGCAUCAUUCAUCCUAUAAUAGGCACAAGCCCUCUGAGUAUCAGAAAUAUAGAGAGAAGCCAUAUCAAUGUAACGUAUGUGGGAGAGCCUUCAGCUAUCUUCAGUGUUUUGAAAAACAUAAAAGAACUCACAAUGGAGAGAAAACUCAUAAAUGUGAGGAAUGUGGAAAAGCCUUCAUGUGCCUCAAAACCCUUCGAAAACACAUGAUAACACAUAUGGCACAUGCUCCUUAUGAAUGUAGGGUGUGUAGGAAAACCUUCAGUACCUCAACUUCUCUUCAAAUAUGUGAGAGCACUCACACUGGAAAGAAGCCCUAUCAGUGUAAACACUGUGGAAAAGCCCUUAGGAAUUAUCGAAGUUUUCAGAGACAUGAAAGAAGUCACACUGAACAAAAACUACAUGAAUGUAAAAAAUGUAGUAAAGCAUUCAGGUAUCUCAGUAAUCUUCGAACACAUGAGAGAACUCACACUGAAGAAAAACCCUAUGAAUGUAAGGAGUGUGGAAAGGCUUUUAGAUCUUACAGUUCUUUACAACCACACAAAAUGACUCACACAGGAGAGAAACCCUAUGAAUGUAAGCAAUGUGGGAAAACAUUCAGAUAUUACAGGUCUUUACAAACACAUGAAAGAUCUCACACUGGAGAGAGACCCUAUGAAUGUAAAAAAUGUAGCAAAGCAUUCAGCGAUCCCAGUUAUCUUAGAAAUCAUGAAAAAAUUCACAAUACAGAGAAACCCUAUGAAUGUAAGGAUUGUGGAAAAGCCUUCAGAUCUUCCCGUUACUUAAAAUCGCAUGAAAAGGUUCACACAGGAGAGGAACCCUGUGAAUGUAAGGAAUGUGGAAAAGCCUUUAGAUCUUCCCGUUAUUUAAAAACACAUGAAAAGAUUCAUACAGGAGAGAAACCCUGUAAAUGUAAGAAAUGUGGAAAAGCUUUCAGAUCUUCCAGUUACUUACAAACACAUGAAAAUUCUCACACUAGAGACAAACCCUACGAAUGUAAGAAAUGUGGAAAAGCCUUCAGAUUUUACAAAUUCUUACAAAUACAUGAUACCUCUCACACUGGACAGAAGCUCUAUGAAUGUAAAAAAUGUGGUAAAGCCUUCAGGUAUCCCAGUAAUCUUCGAAUACAUGAAAGAACUCACACUGCAGAGAAACCCUGUGAAUGUAAGGAGUGUGGAAAAGCCUUCAGAUCUUACAGUUCCUUGCAAAUACAUAUAAGGACUCACACAGGAGAAAAACCCUAUGAAUGUAGACAUUGUGCUAAAGCCUACAUUUCUCACAAAUCCCUUCAAAGACACAUGAAAAUACAUGCUUGAAAUACAUCUUAUCAGUAUAAGGAUUAUGGGAAAGCAUUCCUUUGCCUUAGUUUGUGCGUCAAAGACACAAAAGAUAUCGAAUUGGAGAGAAAUCAUAUGAAUGUAAACAAUGUGAUAAAGUCUAUGCAGACUAGAGUUCCUUACAAAGACAGGAACAAACUCACACUGGAGAAAAACCCUAUGAAUGUAAGGAAUGUGGAAAAGCCUUCACUUAUAACACAACCUUAUGAAAAUCAUAGGUUGAGUGCACACUGAAAAGAAACAAUAUAAAUAUGAAGAAUGUGGGGAAACCUUCAGUCAUCCCUCUUCCUUCUAGGAAGGCA